AUGGCUCACGAGGACGCGUCUGUUAGCGAUAAUGAAACCCAGGGAAACAAGCGAGAAUCAAACCGCAUAACUCUCGUCGACCACACCGUGUCGACGGAAGAGCCGAGCUCCGGCAUAGAACCGUUGACCACCCUAACUGGCAUCUCUCAGACUUUAACACACGGGUCCAUCCGUCAAACACUUGCAAGGAGGAAGUAUCAACGGUCAAAGUGGCAAGAGGGUAGAGACAGUCAAUCGAAUGUUAACAGUUCGCCAAACGUCUCCGAGGAGGGAGAAGGUAGCACGUCUGCAAAGGCUAAGGACACCUUGGCCCAGAAGCUGACCUCGGACGGUUCUGACGGCGACGCCUGGGGUAAGGGAAGGGUGCGUCGAGGCGGGGAAAAGGUAAAGGAUGCUAUUCGAACGUCGAAGCCGAAAGGGGCAAAACUCGAAAUUGACGACCCCGAUUCACACAUUGACGUCCUGUACGAGAAUCAAAGAGGGUUCUUCUUUGCCGGCAUACCUCGAUUCUCGUCAAACUCGCUGCUGAACUUCGAUCCUGUCGCUUGGCUUGACAGUCGACACCGCCCCUCCGCAGUCAACAUUACAAACGCUCAGGUUCCCGACCCGAGCUGGGAAUGGUCAUGGCGGUGCUGGUACGUGGAUAUGUCGGGAGACGUGGACGAAGAGGGCUGGGAAUACAGCUUCUGGUUCGGCAAAGGUACAGCCUGGCACGGGACGCAUCCGUGGUUUCAUAGUUUUGUCCGGAGGAGACGGUGGCUGCGGAAAAGAUGUAAGCGGAAGACUGCGAAACCGAAAGAGGCAGCGCACGCGCUGACGAGCGACUAUUUCACCAUUCACUCGAAGACGAAGCACAAUGAAGAGGACAUGGAUAGCACCACAAGAACUGAGAAAAGAGCUCGUUGUUCCGUUGCAACGAGCAGUGCGUGGGAUGCAAAAAACUGCGAAGACCAGGCUGACACCAUGGAAGUUACCAACAUUCCGGACUUGUUGAGAGGGCUGCGGGCCGCAGCCAUCGAUCGGGAGAAGAUCGUGUUGGUUCGGAGGUUCUUGACGGACGGUGGGGAGGAGCUGCAUUAUCUGGCUGAAAACAUGGAGCACAUCAUGAAACUUCUUGUUUUCCAGAAUUCCAGGAGGCAAUUGCUAUCUAUGCUCAUGCAUGAAUUCGAAGCGGCCGAGCGUCAUCGAAACGAGCAUAAGGAGAGGGGAGAAGAGGAGAAGGAGAAGGAGAAAAUACAUAUCGACAACUUGUUGAAGGCCGUUGAGGCUGCAGAUGCUCAAUGCAAACAAUUGGGAUACUGGUCCGACAUCAGAGGGAUGGCCAGAAACGGUGAGAUACUACAUGCAUCCGAUCAUAUACAUGGAUGGGAUCACGCAUGGGAUGGCCUUGAUACCAGUGGGCCUGAUUCGAAGGUCGAAGCUCCUUCUGAUUUGCUAGAUGAUAGUAAGGGGGAACUGAGAAGGCAAGAUAAAGGCAAGCGACCUGUUUAUGAGACAAACGUGAACCGGGCGUCCAACACUGCGAUCGAUGGCCAUAUGAAGAGCGAACAAGCAGCACAUUCAAUUGAGGUCCCAGGAGAACUUGCUUCACGACCAAGCGUAGACUCUAAUCGACACGAUGUAUUUUACUCUCCACAGGAGGAAAAACCGCAGGCGCAAGCUGUGCCGCUUAGGGCGGAGACCGAUGCCGUGCAACCGGUGACUGAAACUCCUACGCCAUCACAGGAGAGCCGGUUAUCGAUCGACACCUUUCAGUCGGCACACAGUGAAGCUGGGGAAAAGGUUGAAGAAGAUGAUACUGCGACGGAAAAGGCACCGUCAGAGGACGAGCACGAAUUAGGUACACCACCAACGGGCGCUACGCCUAUUGAUGCGCUAACACAGGUGUUGAACGGACAAACAGAGGAAGGCAAAUCCAUGUCAUCUCAAGAGAAGACCUGA